UUUAUAAGUUGCAAAAUUAAAUGUGCUUUACAUCAAGAAAUGCUGUAAGCAGAAGAAAAAAAAAUUCGUGCUAUGUACUGCAGCCAGCCGUCGAAACAAGUGCGUGCCGUCGUUUAAAAUGAUGCACUAAACGAUGAUCUAAGAACAAAAUCUAAAAGCAGUGGAUAAAUCAAAAGUGGCAGCAAUAAGGGAACGAAAAAAGAAAGCUUCAACAAUGUGCGACGGUGAAAUUUGUCAGUUAGUGACUCAGCAGCAAGCAGGGCAGGCCUCGCCGCAACGCAUGAACGGCGGAGAAGUGGAAAUGCCACAGGAUCAGGGGCCACCAGAGAAGAGCCAUUCGCGCGUGACCAUCGGCAACCCCGCCGUGAUCAAGACACUAGAGGCCAGCGACCCAGCGGAUCCUUGUAAAGUGGCUCUCUGGGGGCUGGACGAAGUGGUAAACUGGGCCACUAUGGAGAACUUCUCCGAAAUCCUGAUUGGUUGCAUGCGCGACGAACUCAUUGAUGGCGAGGUGCUGCUGGCCCUUACCGAGGAGGAUGUCCGGGCCCUGCGCUACAACCUGGACUACAAGCUCUCAUUUGGCGAGCUCAAAAAGUUCUGGAUGGCUCUCUUCAGGCUCCAGAAGCUGGUGAAGCACAGCUGCGCCUCCGUGGAAGACGACCCCCUGAUGACCGGCCUGCCACAGAAAUCCUUAUCGCAGCAGCUGAUUGGAUCCGUUGGUCCGCCCUUGUCAUGCGCCUGUCCGCCGCCACGGCCGUUAGACUGCCCCAGCUAUGUGUCCGACUGCGAGACGUAUUUGCGCAUGGGUAGAGGCUCCGUAGCCCCAGAGUACUUUAAAACCGCCAUGAGCUUAGGUUACUCGUUUGUCGUGACCUGGAUAACGUCGUUCGUUAUGGUGAUUGUACACGAGCGCGUUCCGGAUAUGAAGCGCUACCCGCCGUUGCCGGACAUCUUCCUCGACAACGUGCCGCACAUUCCCUGGGCCUUCAACAUGUGCGAGAUCACGGGAUCGCUGCUGUUCACCAUUUGGCUGUUUGUCCUGAUCUUCCACAAGUACAGAAUGGUGCUGCUGCGGCGUUUCUUUGCGCUGGCCGGCACCGUCUUCCUACUGCGCUGCGUGACCAUGCUGAUCACGUCCCUGAGUGUGCCGGGCACACAUCUGCAGUGCAAUCAGAAGGACUUUGCCAUCGACGAUACCAACGUGGAUAUGUUGGGUGCCCUGCUCAUGCGCAUGACCCGCGCCUAUCGCAUCUGGAGCGGAUUGGGCAUGUCGAUACAGGGCGUGCGAACGUGUGGCGACUACAUGUUCAGUGGCCACACAGUUGCCCUGACACUGCUCAACUUUUUCAUCACAGAAUACACGCCACGCAAUCUAUACUUUCUGCACACACUCACCUGGCUGUUGAACAUGUUUGGAAUCUUCUUCAUAUUGGCCGCCCAUGAGCACUACUCCAUCGAUGUGUUUGUGGCCUUCUACAUCACCUCGCGUCUAUUCCUGUACUACCACACGCUGGCGAACAACAGGGCUCUCAUGCAAAGCGACUCGAAUCGGACGCGCAUUUGGUUCCCCAUGUUCAGCUACUUCGAGAGCAGCGUACAGGGGAUAGUGCCGAACGAAUUUGACACGCCCGGGACCCUUAUCAAUGGCCUGAUAGAACAGAUAUUCAAGGCCAAGGACCUAAUGAUGGGGGGAGCAUAUCGCUACUAUAUGGAGAGACAUCUGUCCGCCAAAUCAUCGUUGCAUAUAUUUGGCAGCGAAUCGGAAAGAUUCCUACAAUUCGGCUACAAUUCGCGGCAGACGCCGAGCAGCACGAGUGGCAUGGUGACACCGGUGUCCAGUGCAUCGACCACAACUCAAUUCCAGGCACAGAACAUGAAUGGCGGUGUCAGAGAUGUCAGCCUUGACCCCUACGCCUCAAGUGCCAGCGAGACCUCGGCCCAGACGCUCUACAACGAACCGCCGAUGCGGGAGAAGAAGGUGCUAUGAUUCACAGCCAUUUGGCUCUUCCAAGGGGCAUGGCCCGACACUCUCAAAUCCAUUUACCGAUGCCGUUCUUCGUAAAGCAAAAAAAUGCUGAAACAAAAAACCACACCGACUGAUAUUUUUAUUUCGAAACCUACAUUAAACCCCUUCCCGCAUUACAGCUCAGCUCCCCUGUAAGUGUGCCCUAUCUCCUUCUAUCUCUCUCUCCCUCUCCCUCUCCCUCUCUCUGCAUUCUACCAUUCGUAGUGCCUUCCGGGUGCAUGUGUGUCCCCCAGCUCCAGGAUGUCAGAGCCUAGCCUUUCCCGAUCGGUCCUUAAUUAACGUAUUAUUUUGAAAAAUGAAACCCUAUUCGCCGGCCGAUGUUCUGCCCGGGCGAUAGAGCAGCCAGCUAUUAAUCAUAAUCCCUCCUCAUUCCGUUCAACAAAGCUUUGAACUAAAUGUAUUUAUUAUUGAAGACUUCUUUAAAACAUUUUUUUAUAAUUGUAAGCAUGUGAAACAAGUGUAUUUUUAGUUAUUUAGUCUUAAGCUGAGAAAAAUUUUGUUGAACGCACACAAAAAAUCAAAAAUCAAUAAAUCCUUACGAAUAUUCUCAGAGAAA